AUGUUGUGUUCUCGGACCGCAUCAUUGACAAAAAAGAAAUUGCGCUCUAAACUUUUCAUUCGACCUUUUGAAGCGUUGUCGUCGGAAACCAAAACUGCAGCCCUGUUGUCACACUUGAGUCGUAACGGUGGACUUAACCCUAGAGAUUUCAUGAUUGGAAUGAGAAACAACAAGAAAUUGAUGAGAAGUGACCAAGGCGCAGCCCUGUCACUGUCGUCCAUGGAGAACGGCCGGCUAGCGACAGGCCAGACGGGGCCAGAGCGCACAGACCCUGGCUGGAACUCAGCGCUCGGACCACCUGCUAGGAUCUGCCUCGAGACGGGUUAUGAUAUGAGGGCUCUGCGAUCCACUCAUUACCCCCUCCUCCCCGGCAGAUCUUGUCUUAGCUAG